AUGAGUUACCAAGUUGAAGUAUUCACAGGAGACAUGCUGCACGCUGGAACUACAAGCAGAAUCAGUAUCAAGCUGGUUGGCACUAAAGGAAGUUCUAAGAGCGUAAACCUCUCCUGGUUGGGAGGCUUUUGGCGUGGAUCGGUGCGCAAGUUUGAACUGAACUUCCCAGCCUCCAUAGGCUCUCUCUUACUGAUGGAACUUGAAGCUGAAUCUCUCUUUGAUUUUGGAGACAAUGAGUGGUUCUGCUCCAAGGUUACUGUAACAACACCUGAAGGUGACAAGGUCCUGUUCCCAUGUUACCGUUGGUUGGCUGAUGACGAGAAGCUGGUUUUCAGAGAUGCAGUAGCUAAGACAAUACUAAAGGAUCCUAAUGACAUAACCAAAGAACACCGAAAUACGGAGAUCAGAAAACGUUCUGCAGUAUUCAGAUGGCAACUACAUGCACCAGGAAUACCCCAUAAAGUGAAAGCAGACAGUCCGGAAGCUUUGCCUGACGAGGUCAGAUUCUCAUUCGGCAAAAAAACAGAGUUUCGGCUCACUCAAGUAUCUGCAAUCCUUGAGCUUAGACUUCAAAGUCUUGCUGAUCGGAAGGAGCCCUGGACUAAUUUUGAGCAACUUGAUCAUGUCUUCGCUGAACGAAGGACAGACACCUUUGAAUACGUUCGGCAGCACUGGAGAGAGGACGAGUUUUUUGGCUCCCAGCUUCUGAAUGGCAUUAACCCCAUAUUGAUCCAAAAAUGCUCAGAGUUGCCAAGAAAGUUCCCUGUCACUGAUGACAUGGUCAAAGCCUUUUUACCAUCUGGGAGCAGCUUAAAGAAUGAGAUGAAGCGUGGCAACAUCUUCCUCUGUGACUACAAGCGGCUGGAUGGUCUAUCUGGAAAUGUCAUUAAUAAGAAACAACAAUAUCUGUCGGCUCCCAUGUGCCUGCUCUUCAGUAACCCUGAGGGCAAGCUACUGCCCAUUGCCAUACAGCUGAAGCAGGAGCCAGGAGAGGAGAACCCCAUCUUUCUCCCCUCAGACUCUGAAUCUGAUUGGCUACUCGCCAAGAUUUUUGUGCGGAGUGCCGAAUUCAAUGAACAUGAGCUUAACUCCCACCUGCUACGCACUCACCUGAUGGCUGAGGUCUUUACUGUAGCAACUUUGCGCAACUUACCUGCAGUCCACCCCUUGUUCAAGCUCCUGAUACCUCACUGCCGCUACACACUCCAGAUCAACAUCAUGGCUCGAUCAUUGCUGAUCUCAGACAGUGGGGUUUUCGCUGAGCACACCGCGAUUGGUCGUGUUGGAACAGCGAAAUUCCUGAAGAGGGCAACAUCCUCCCUGACCUACAGCUCCCUGUGUCUGCCUGAUGACAUCAAGGCUCGUGGUGUGGAGGACAUUCCAAACUACUACUACAGAGAUGACGGCCUCAAGCUGUGGAACAUCAUCAACAAGUAUGUUGAUGGUGUGGUGAGAUACUACUACACCUCAGAUGAUGAUGUCAUUAAAGACACUGAGUUGCAAAGCUGGAUUGGAGAGAUAUAUAUGAAAGGCUUCCUGGAGAAAGCUGAACAAGGGAUAACAUCAUCAUUCAAGAGUGUCGAUGAACUCAUCAAGUUUGUCACCAUGGCGAUCUUCACUGCAUCAGCACAACAUGCUGCGGUCAACAACGGACAGUUUGACUACGGCGGAUGGAUGCCCAAUCUGCCCAGUACCCUAAAAUGUCCUCCUCCCACCAAAAAAGGAAGCUCAACUGAGGACUCCAUUUUGGACUCGCUGCCAGACAUCAGCACUACAGUCAACAUAAUGGCUGCACUCUAUGUUCUGAGCAAAGCCUCUACAGAUCGUUACCCACUUGGAUAUUUUCCAGAGGAGCUGUUCAAUGAAGUGGUACCCCUCAAGAUGAUUGAAGAGUUUCAGGUGGCCCUGAAGUCUCUCUCAGAGGAAAUUGAGAGGAGGAACCAAACUCUUCCGCUCCCAUACGUUUACUUAAACCCUACGGAUGUGGAUAACAGUAUUGCCAUCUAA